AUGGACGCAUCAAGAGCACAGAAGGUGCGCUCUCGUCGCAACGAUGCCGGCGCAAAGGUUACCGCCGCGGGCGUGUCGCAGUCCGAUCUCUCGUACGAUGACGACAACGACAAACAUCGAACACGAUCCCAUCUGAGCGCCGUCUCGCCUCAGGUGCACUCGCAUCCUGCCGACUUGCCCAUCACGCUCGCCCUCUUCGUCCUCGCCGCUGCUCUUCGCUUUUACAAGAUCUCGUUCCCAGACCAGGUCGUUUUCGACGAGGUUCACUUCGGCAAGUUUGCCGCCUACUACCUUCGACGCGAGUACUACUUCGAUGUUCACCCCCCACUCGCAAAGCUCAUCAAUGCAGCCGCUGGCUACCUCGCUGGGUUCGACGGCCAUUUCGAGUUCGAUCAGAUUGGCGAUAAGUACCUCGAGAACAACGUUCCUUACGUUCGUAUGCGCGCCGUGCCCGCCAUCAUUGGCAGCUUGCAAGUGCCCCUCAUCUACGCCAUCAUGCGACAGAGUGGGUAUGCUCCCGUCAUUGGCGUGUUUAGCGCCGCUCUCUUGCUCUUCGACAACGCGCACGUCGCACAGGAUCGCCUCAUCCUCCUCGACGCCUCGCUCAUCCUCUUCAUGAUGCUCAGUCUCUACUCGUACAUUCGCUUCUACAAGCUUCGAUACAACGAGUUUACCGCCAAAUGGUGGUUCUGGCUCGUCGCUACCGGCGUCAACCUCGCUCUCACCAUGAGCUGCAAAAUGGUCGGCCUCUUCACCUUCAUGACCAUCGGCUCGGCUGUCGCCUGGGAUCUGUGGAAGCUGCUCGACAUUCGAAGAGGCAUCGAGAUGGACCACGUCGCUCGUCAUUUCUUCGCCCGCUUCUUUGCCCUCAUCAUCCUCCCUUUUGGUGUCUAUCUCUUCUGGUUCUGGGUCCAUUUUGCCAUCCUCAUCAAGAGCGGCCCCGGCGAUGCCUUCAUGAGCUCCCAGUUCCAGCAGACGCUUCAGGGUAACGACAUGCUCAGCAGCGCUCGCGACAUUCAGUACUUCGACAAAAUUACCCUCGUCCACAAGAACACCAAGGCCUUCCUUCACUCCCACACAGAACGAUAUCCGCUCAAAUAUGACGACGGUCGCAUCUCGAGCCAAGGUCAACAGGUCACCGGCUAUCCUCACAACGAUACCAACAACGUCUGGCAGAUCAUUCCGACCAAGUCCAUUCCCGAAGACGACGUCGACGGUCGCCUCGUUCAGAACAAGGAUACCGUUCGACUGCUCCACAUCAACACCGACACCUUCCUCCUCACCCACGAUGUAGCAUCGCCCCUCAUGGCCACCAACGAGGAGUUCACCACUACGCCGGCAAACGACACCUCGCGCUACGACGACACGCUCUUCGAGCUCUUCCUGGACGAUACGGACAACCCUAAGAGGGUCCUCCAAAGCAAAGCAUCGUGGUUCCGACUCGUCCACAAAAACACCCGCGUCUGUCUAUGGACUCACACCGAAGCGCUUCCCGAUUGGGCCUUCAACCAGCAAGAGGUCAAUGGCAACAAGAACGCCAUGGACAAGACCUGUCUGUGGUACGUCAACGAUCUCACCCCGAGCCCUGACAGCCCCGACUACGAAGAACGACUCGAGCCGCUCCCGCCUCGCGAACUGGUCAAGAUGAACUUCUUCAAGAAGUGGCUCGAGCUGCAGUUGCAGAUGCUCAACCAGAAUGCCGGCUUGACGCAGAGCCACCCGUACGCCACCGGACCCAUCAACUGGCCUUUCUUGCUCCAGGGCAUCUCCUUCUGGACGCUGGACAAGGGUCAGCAUCAGAUCUACAUGAUCGGCAACCUCGUGUCGUGGUGGGGCACCAUCCUCAGCAUCUCGAUCUUUGUCGGUGUGGUCGGCGCUGACCUGCUCGCACGUCGACGUGGAAUCUACCCGAUCCCAAGCGCCGUCAGGAACAGGCUGCACAACUCGACCGGCUUUUUCGUCGUGGCUUGGGCGUGCCACUACCUCCCCUUCUUCCUCAUGUCGCGCCAGCUCUUCAUCCACCACUACCUGCCAGCGCACGUCUGUGCUUGCUUGGCCGCCGGAGGCGUGCUCAACUUUGUCACGAGCGAGACCAUCCAGUUCCCCAUCUCACAGCCUGGUCCGCUCCUCUCUGUUAAAGACUACAGGCCGAGGAUGGAUAAUAUCGUGCCCAGGCCAGCGAGGGCCGCCAUGGGUGUCAUCAUGGCCGCCCUCAUUCUCACUUUCUGGUGGUUGACGCCGCUCACCUACGGCACACCCGGUCUGACCACCGCCGAAGUCCACGCCAGGAGGUUGCUCCCCUCGUGGACGCUCCACUUUGCAAAGUAG